AUGGCCGAGCAGAGACCACCUUUCCCUCCCUUCAGCAGGGAGAGUGCGCAUGUCAAGGUUAAGGCAGCCCAAGACGGAUGGAACUCCCAAAAUCCAUCAAAAGUCAAGAUGGCUUAUACUCCUGAUUCCAUCUGGCGCAAUCGCGACACCUUUGUCAAGGGCCGUGCCGAGAUUGAGCAGUUCUUGACUGAUAAAUGGAACCGCGAGCACAAGUAUAUACUGCGAAAAGAGCUGUUUGCUUUUGAUAACGACAAGAUUGCUGUCCAAUUUUGGUAUGAAUUUCAUGACGAUGAUGGUCAGUGGUGGCGAUGCUAUGGACUCGAGGAUUGGACUUUUGACGAGAAUGGACUGAUGAAGAAGAGGCAAAUGAGUGGAAACAACGUCAAGAUCAACGAGGAGGAGCGUUGGUUCAAGGAUGGCGUGGAUGUCAACACUGUGGACAUUGGACCUGAGCAUUGGUAA